AUGAGUGCGCCGAGCCUCCUGACCCGCCGAGCGGCGUCCGUCUGCUUUUCCUGCCGCCGAAACCUGCUGCGACAGCGCCCGUUCUCGACCUCGCCGGCCUCCCUCAUCGCGGCGUUCCAAGCGUACACUUUGCCGUCGCAGCCGCCGCCGGCGCCCCGCAAUGUUUCGGUCCCCGACACCUCGAUCACCACGCCGAUAGAUUCACCGAUCGCGAUCCCUAAGAUCCAGAGUACACGGCCGCCGGCACCGAGUCCGGCGGUGGAAGAGACGGAGUCGGUGGCGCAACAAGGGUUGGCUUCUGUCCCGGAGAGGGAAGCGCAGCAGUCAAAGAGGGAGUUUGCUGCUGCUGCUGCUGCUGGCACCGGCAAGCAAGGGCUACCAGAACAAACACAGCAACAACAGACUCAAAAACAACCAGAAACCGAGAACCAACCACCAACGACCACAGCCUCAUCAACAUCCCCAUCAACAGCUCAAACCCCCACCAAACCCACCUCCCGCCCACGCUCCCGCCUCCGCGCCCGCAAAGCCGCCAUCACCAUCACGCCCCAAGCCGUCUCCCAACUACGCGCACUAGUCGACCAGCCGGAGCCCAAACUCAUCAAAGUUGGCGUGCGCAACCGCGGGUGUUCGGGUUUGGCCUACCACCUGGAAUAUGUCGACAAGCCGGGAUCGUUUGACGAGACGGUGGAGCAGGACGGGGUGCAGGUGUUGAUUGAUAGUAAGGCGCUGUUUAGUAUUAUUGGGAGUGAGAUGGAUUGGGUGGAGGAUAAGUUGAGCCAGAGGUUUGUUUUUCGGAAUCCGAAUAUUAAGGAGCAAUGUGGGUGUGGCGAGUCGUUUAUGGUCUGA